AUGUUUUUGUUAAUCUUAAUAUCGAUUACAACACAUAUAAGCGAUGCUUCAAAACCUAUUAACUUUGUAAACGGGGGCUACAGAGGGGUCGUGAUUGCCAUCCACUCGGAUGUUAAAGAAAGCGAUCAAUUGAUCACAAACUUAGAAGAAUUGCUGAGAAAAUCGUCGGCUUUUCUCUAUAAAGCCACUGAAGGCAGGGCUCGGUUUGUGGAGUUUGAGGUUAUUCUUCCUGAGACAUGGAGUAAGAAGGAUGGCUACGAAUCCAUUGCCGGCUCACACUUUCUUAGCUCUCACAUCAGAAUCGCACCGACAGAUAAAGUUAAGAGUGACGAGCCAUACACUUAUCAACCGAGAGGUUGUGGACAACCCGGAGAAUACAUUCAAUUAACUGAUGGCUUCGUUAAUCAACUAAACGGAAAAACUCGAGAUGACUUUGAAUAUCCAGAAAAGCAUUUGAUUCACGAAUGGGCGCACUAUAGGUAUGGUGUGUUUGAUGAGUACGGCAUUGAAGGCGACUCGAAAUACCCGUCAUUUUAUUUGGAAAACGGAACCAUAUAUCCGACAACUUGUAUAAAAGGAAUUAAAGGUAGACAGGAGGACAUGGAUGGCAAUCCGUGUAAGAUUUAUAGUGGGGGUCAAGUGGACUCCAACUGUCGAUUUAUUCCCGACAAAUCGGACAAUAGUGCCGUCGCAUCCAUUAUGUUUAUGCCUCACAUCCAAUCUAUUGAAAAGUUUUGUCUAAACAACACAAAUGACACAAAACUUUUACAUAAUAAUUAUGCGCCCAAUAAGCACAACAUUCAAUGCAAUUAUAGGAGUACUGCAGAAGUGAUCGAAGAGCACCGCGACUUUAAAAAUCAAAAUCCCGAUACAUUGAGUGACGGAUAUUCAGAGCCAGUCAUAAGACUGAUACGAAUCGAUGAGGACCAGAGCUCUCGGUUUGUACUCGUAUUGGAUGUGUCGGGAAGUAUGCGGGACUUCGGGAGGUCUGCACUCUUGCACAGAGCGGCCACACGUUUUGUCAAUCACCUCAUCCCCGAUGGCAUGGAAUUAGGAAUCAUUCAGUUCUCGACAAAUGCAACCGUUUUGCACCCAAUGAUCACAAUCAAUGAAACUACUCGUCAGAGUUUGGCAGCAACUAUACCGAAGAUACCUGACGGUUGGACAGCAAUUGGCAAAGGAUUACAACUGGCGCUCGAAAUGCUGUCUGAGGACGAGGGCGGCACUCGUGGGGCGACUAUUAUAUUAAUUACAGACGGCGAAGAGAAUCAGAAAGAGCCCACAAUUGAGGAGAUCAUACCUGAAGUUUAUAAGGCGGACAUCAAAGUGGACUCAAUUGCCAUCUCGACUGAAGCGGAUGCGAGACUCGAGAAUAUAUCGUCAAAUAGUGGAGGAAAAUGCUUUUAUAUGAGAGAUAACGACAACGCGACCAAUACUGCGAUGGAAACCGCUUUUAUGGGAUUUGUCUCACAACAGUACAUUGAAUUAAUAUUAUUGGGGGCAUCAGAAGUAGGUGUUUGGGAAGUGAUUAUAGACAAAAACUACUCUUAUAAUAGGGAUAUAGUCGUAGCGUUAACAGUGACGAGUGAUCCCAAGAAUCCUAAUAAUCAACCGAUUCGUGUGAAUUCAUAUUUCGGUGAAUUAGAGGUCAGAUAUCCGGCAACUGCUCUCAUUUAUGCUGAAGUAAUGAAAGGGCCAAAUGGUAUCAUUGGAGCUAAAGUUUUGGCUAUUGUUGAGAGGCCUGAUGCUGAAGAUGUUGAGGUUGAUCUCUAUGAUGACGGUAUUGGAGCUGAUAUAACGGCUAAUGAUGGCAUCUAUACGACAGCCUUUACACAAUUCACCCAAAAUGGGAGAAAUCUAUCGAUUUCACCCAAGAGUGAGUUCCAAAUAACAGAUUUCAUCGCAACUUAUGGUAUGCCUGAAGAUGAUAUUAAAUCAGAGCCAAUACACGAGUUCACACGAGCGACAGAAACCGGUGCUUUUAAACUGAAAUACUUUGUGCCGCAUAUCGAUAACAUGCCGCCGGGAAAAGUCACUGAUUUGCAGGUUAUUACCAUCGAUGGAAAUAAACAUAUCGUUGAGCUUCAGUGGACAGCGCCGGGAGAUGACGCGUUCACAGGGAAGGCGCGGAAAAUCGAUUUACGAGUUUCUCUGACACCCAAAACAUUUCACAAACGAGAACUGUUUGAAGCGAAUAAAGUCAUUGAUGAGAGUGUGUUAGUGGCCGGAAGUCUUGAACCCCGGGAAGGACACACCAUAAUGAGAGCCAAAUUUCAAAUCCCGAAAAUACUGUUGAGAUCAGUACGAAGGGGUCGUCAAGUGAAUGAAUCCCUGAAAAUGAGUUUUUACUUCAGUUUGCGUGCCAUCGAUGAUUCCAAUAAUAUAGGAGAAAUCUCUAACAUUGCAUCCGUUCAUUUUGGUUACGUUAAGCCAGUUCUUGAAAGUAUAGUCAUUGGAACCGAUUCGAGACCUUUUGAGACAACUGUCAUUCAGACACAUGAUUCUGAUGGUUACGUUAAGCCAGUUCUUGAAAGUAUAGUCAUUGGAACCGAUUCGAGACCUUUUGAGACAACUGUCAUUCAGACACAUGUAUUGAUCCCAAAUCCAGUGCUCUUUUAUCACAACAGGAUUCUGAUGCAAAAACUCAAGAAUCAAACAUUCAUUGAAAUUCCAAAAGAGUUGGGAAGAAAUACCACAUUUACUAUAACUAGUGAUGACAUACGGCUGUUGAAUAUCACUGUCACAUCACCCAACGGAACAGUUUAUAGUAUGACCAGUGAUAUCGUAGUUUACAAACCGACAGAAAUGAAGGCUCAGUUCAAUAUACGAUUGGCCACUGAAGGCAAAUGGAAAGUGAGUUUUGAGAAGAGACAACACGAGACGGUAAUCGCAUACUUGUCGGUCACCAGUGAGUCCAGAGUAGAUGAGCCCAUUAAAGUGAGGGCUUGGAUGGACACACCAUUUGCGGGGACCGGCAAACCACCCACAGCUGUCAUUAACGCAGAAGUGACCAAAAGAUAUAAUUAUAUAAUUUGUGCCGAUGUUAUAGCUAUGGUGGACAGACCCAAAGGACAGCCAAUUUUUAUUCAAUUAUACGAUAAUGGUUUGGGUGCUGUGCUGUCAUUAACGCAGAAGUGA